GGAUGUCAUGGACUAUGAUUCACUGGGCUACACAUUUCUUUCCAGUGCUUCUCUUGGAGAAUGCCAUCUCACCCGAGUAUUUGAAAGUCAUGUAGGAAAGUUUGUGCGCUCGCAUGCAGAAAAGGGACUUGGAUAGAGCCAGAAAAUGCCCAUGGGUCAUCAUUUCUCAACCGUUACUUUCCCUGUUCCUCUCGGGACUCCACAGCGACCAGCAUGCUCCAGAUGUGCGUGAUGUUCUGUUUGCUGUCAGCUGUCGUCUCCCAGUCAACGAAUUCCUCACCCAAGAGAGGUCGCAAUAUUACCAUCCACUCCUCUCAGCUGGUCUGCAGUCUGCCAGGUCCAGCGGGGCCUGCGGGAAACCCCGGAGCCCCCGGAUCACCAGGGGCCAUGGGACCCAUGGGGCCCACGGGGAAGGAUGGCCCGGACGGGAUGGAUGGGGAGAAGGGAGAAAAGGGAGAUAGAGGUGAUCCAGGGAGGACUGGGAACCCAGGCAAGCCAGGUGUGAAAGGCCGUGAAGGAGUUAUUGGCAAGGCUGGACCUCGGGGACUGAAGGGGCCACGCGGAACACCAGGGGUGGCUGGAAAACGGGGACGAAAGGGAGAGCUGGGUGACAUGGGCCAGGAAGGAGCUCCUGGAGGCUGCAAUUGUGGCAGCGUGGCCCGCUCAGCCUUCUCUGUGGCGAUGACAAAGAGCUACCCUAAAGAGCGAAUGCCCAUCCGCUUCAGCCGGAUCCUGCUGAAUGAGGGGAAUCACUACAACGCCAGCAGUGGGAAGUUUGUCUGUGCUAUCCCUGGAGUCUAUUAUUUCACCUAUGAUAUAACUCUUGCAAAUAAGCACCUGGCCAUCGGGCUGGUGCACAAUGGACAGUACAAGAUUAAGACAUUUGAUGCAAACACGGGGAACAAUGAUGUAGCGUCUGGUUCUACUGUUCUCCACCUGCAAGAGACAGACCAGGUCUGGCUGCAGAUCUUCUACUCUGAACAGAACGGACUGUUCUUCGACCCUUUCUGGACAGACAGCACCUUCACUGGCUUCCUUAUCUAUGCUGACCAAGAAUUUCUCAAUGAAGCUGACAGGAAAGCAAAUGCUCAGGAUGACAGUUAAUACCUUAAUCCUGAAAUAUAUUUGUUUUGAUUUUAUAAUUGACUUUAUUUCCUUUCAAAGUGUUAUGAAAAUCCAUGUCUGAAGAGAUUGCUUCAAUGGUGAAGGCUUCAGUAAAGUUAAUUUGCUAAACAAGUUCUGACACCAGGGGGCACACAACGAGAGAAGCAAUUCAACUACAUUUGGGAAACCACUCAACAAUGUUACAUCACUCAUGGUGCCAUAAAUCUGAAAACAACAACAACAACGACGACAACAAAAAAGAAUUGAUUGUAUUCUUUUUAAUUCCUUUGUUUAUUUAGAUUGAUGCAGCUCACAGGAGCCGUAAGAGUGCCAGGAGUGUUUACUAGUGGCACAGAGUCCUCUUCUGUGAGAUGGCAAAACUGAACUUGAUACAAUUUUACUUGUAUUAAAUUUACAGAAUUAUGUACACCGGAGCAAACAAGUGGAUGGUUGUGUAUACAACAUUUGAUGCUCUAAAUUCAAUGAAACCAAGAAAUUGGUUUCAUUGAAUCCUAGUUAAUACCUAUUUAGUUUAGUACUUAUUGUUUAUUAAGUUAAUUCUUUUUUUGUGGAACUAUUCAGGAUACUGUAAUUUAUAUAUUAACCCUUUUUGACAUACAGUGGUGAAUUAAAAUUUUGACUUAACACAACUAAUCAUGGCUACCAUGUUCUCAGCAUGCAUUACUACAGUAGCCCCCGGUUACCACUGGGUGAUUGUAAGAGGGGCUCCCUUGAUUACCCGAAAAUGUAAUCAACAUUUUUUAAUUCGAUUACUUUAAAACAAUAAGAGGCCUGGAUGGGAGAGAGAAGACAGAAAAGGGGGAGAGAUAAAUAACUAUGUACCGCAUCUCUUGUCAUCCUUUUUAUGUGACCAGAUUUAUGUCAUCAUUUGGAUACUUUCUGCAUCCCACACUUGUGUGAGCUGCAGCCACACAACUGGCCUGCAAACUAGUAGUGGUGUCACAAAAUCAUGCUCAUAAAUACACAUCUUAAACUCAGCUUCAAGGUGAGCACAGAGAAACUUUUUCACCUUUGGCGGAUGCAUGUGAAAACAGGCCGCUAGUGUCAAACUCUGCACAUCAAUCAUUUUACACAGCGAAACUCAAACAUCAGGGUGAAGUAAGAAUUCUUAAAUUAGCCAUUUCAUUGGCCAGAUUAAAUACUGAACAUCUCUACAGUGGUUAUUUAUGAUGGAUAUGGAAGUAUCGCAUGAAAUAUGAAACGGAAUUGUAUUUUUCUUCUAUAUUUGCAACAGUUAGAUAAUUUUUCAUUUUAAGUUUUUUUUUGUUCCUCUCAUUGUUAUUACCUUCCCAUCUGCAUCUUUUGACAGUAUGUCUUUGUUUGUCAUUUUUUCAUAUCAAAAUUUUUGGGUU